CUGAUUGCAGGUUUAUUAAUUUUUUCAAUUAUCCAUUGUUGAUUAAACUGUGUAUUUGUGGAUUAUGCAUAUGAAAUGUAAUGAUUGGUUUAUGAAACUGUGUAUUUAUGGGUGAUGCAUAUAUCAAUUUUGGGGCUUUUCUGAUUGCAGGUUAUUCCCAAUUGCUUUGUGGUUUGAAUUUUUUUGUAAGCUCUUUUGGGGCUUGACUGGUUAUGCAUGAUUGGUUUUUGCUGUGAUUUUUAUUAGAAUUUGGUUAGUUGGGUUCUGUGUAGAAUGCAAUGUGAUGGUAUUGUUAUAGUGUAAAUAGAAUGCAAUGUGAUGGUUUGGAUGUUAUAUGUUUGUGGCUGAUUUUAUUUAUGGUGUAAUCAAUAGCAUACUUGUUUACAUAUCUCUUAGACUACAAUGUUUGUGAUUUUGUUAGAUGAAGAAAAAAACCAAAGCCGCAAUUCUUGCAUCAGUUGCAUCUGUCCUCCUUGUGGGGGUUGCAUUGUUAAAGAAAUUACGACGUAGACGUAGAGAUCUGCCUAGGGCGCCUUAUGUUAACCAUGCCGCCGAGAGAGAGGAAUACAUAAAUAGUGUUUUGCAUGGAAGUGAGAGACAUUGUGUGAAUCAACUUAGGAUGAAGCCUAUAGCUUUCCACCACUUAUGUCACGCCCUCACUGAGGGGGAGCACGUACGUCCGACUGUUCACAUGUCUGUUACGGAGCAAGUGUUCAUUUUCUUGCACAUUAUUGGUCAUAAUGUGAGGUUUCGUGUAAUGGGUGGUCGGAUCUAUAGAUCAACUGAGACUGUUCAUAGAUACUUCAAAGUUGUCCUUAGGGGGGUCCUGAAAUUAUAUAGAGCUCUAAUAAGACUGCGUAGCGAAGAUACACCUCCAGAGAUAAGGAAUAGCAGAAGGUUUUACCCAUAUUUUAAGGAUUGUGUUGGAGCAAUAGAUGGUACACAUGUUCAUGCAUCUGUGCCACCUGAAAUACAAGGAAGAUUUCGUGGUCGCAAAGAUGGAACCACGCAAAAUGUGUUAGCUGCCAUUAGUUUCGACUUAAAGUUCACUUAUGUGUUGGCUGGAUGGGAAGGCAGUGCACAUGAUUCACUUGUAUUCAAUGAUGCAUUUGCUAGGCCAGGGGGAUUUUCAAUUCCCAAUGGUAUUACACGAUUACUUCACCCUUUUGGUUUGUUAGUUUAAUAAAUAUUAUGUGUUUUCCUAAACAUAGUAGUGAUUUGGUUUUUUUUUUAAUAUAUGUAGGUAAAUUUUAUCUUGGUGAUGCUGGGUAUGGUAAUAAAAAUGGAAUAUUGUCACCGUAUCGGAGUGUACGAUAUCACUUGAAAGAGUUUAGUGAUCGUCCUCCUGAGAAUGCGCAAGAAUUGUUCAAUCUCCGACACUCUUCAUUGAGAACUACCAUUGAGCGAGGGUUUGGAGUGGUGAAAAAACGUUUUCGAGUGUUGGAUGCAGAACCAUAUUGGUCUUUCCCAACCCAAGUGAAAGUAGUGUUAGCGUGUUGUGUGGUUCAUAAUCACAUUAUGGAGGUUGAACCAAAUGACCAUAUUAUGGAAGAUGCAAUGAACCAAGUAGAGCUUAGUGACCACCAAGAAGAAACACAGUCUCGUCGGGAGUCCGUCGAAGAUAGUAGAUCAUGGAAUGCUAAGAGAGAUGAGAUAUGUCAAGCCAUGUGGUCUGAUUAUAUCAGGAGUGGAGAGUAGUACUUUAUUUAGAUUUUUAUGAUUGUAAUGUGUUUUUUCUUUUUGUUUUUUUUUAAAGACAAUGUAUGUAAUAUAGACUUUUGGUGAUGUAAUGAAAAAGUAUUUUUAGCAUUA